GAUUCCUGUCGUCGUCGUCGUCGUCGUCGUCUAGCCUCCCGCAGUGCGGGCACUCGCGAUUACCGGCGCCAUUAACACCACGCCGCGCGCGCUCCGAUGCUUUCCCCAUUCACACCUGCGUUCAAGUUCCACACUUCCCAUCCCCAUUUCUCUUCUUCUCUAUAAAACCCUCGUGCAGUACUCCUCGCCGGCCGGACCAUCUAAAUCCGCCGUCACCAACUCACCAUACCGCCGCCGCCAUGGCCGCCCCAAUCUCCUGGUCGGACCUCGUUGAAGCCCUCAUGGCCGCCCCAACCAUGGCCGCCUCAACAAUCUCCUGGAUGGACCUCGUUGAAGCCGCCGUCAGCACUGGCAACCUCCACCGGCUGAAGGAAAUAGAAACGGCGAGCGGUAUGGACUUGCGGCAACCGACGAGCACCCGGGGCCGGAACCUGCUCCACCUCGCGGUGAUGGGGGCUUGCGUCACGGGGUGGAUGGGCGUCUGCAGGUACCUGGUGGAGGAGAAGGGGUUCGAUGCCAACUCCACAUCUACGGAAGGAGAGACGCCCAUCUUCGUCGCCACCGAGUCGAACAAAGACGGCGUCGUCCCUCUUCUGACCUACUUUCUCGGCCGCGGCGGCGACCCGGCUGCGCCCGACGCCAGGGGUUGCACGCCGCUGCACAAUGCCGCCGAGUACGGGCACAGCGAGGCUAUAGGACUGCUGCUGUCCAGGGGUAUUCCCGUGGAUCCUCUCAGCUAUCACGGGACACCGCUGCACUUGGCUGCAGGAAAGGGCCAUGCCCAGGCUCUCAAGGUCCUGCUAGAGCAUGGUGCUGAUCCCAAUAGAGUUGUCAAUCAUGUGUCUACACCACUCCUGAUGGCAUGCUUUGCUGCUAAAUUGGAAUGUGUUAAGCUAUUGGUUCAGGCUGGUGCUAACGUGAACUUCCAACGUUCACCUGGGCCAACUAUGUUAUUAGCUGCAGUUAGCGUUGGCUCAGCAGCCAUUGUCAAAUUCUUGCUAGAGGCUGGAGCUGACCCUAAUGUUCAUGAUGGGUGUGGAAAAUCCCCAAUCAUGCUAGCAGCUUCUCAUAAGCAACGUGAGCUUGUUGAAAUUCUGCUUCCUCGGACAAAUCCCAUUCCUUCCAUGCCAGACUGGAGUGUUGGUGGGAUUAUUGGUACCAUGAAAACUCUACCUCGGGGGUUGGCUGAAGACCCAAUGGCUAAUGUCAAGUCAGAAGGAAAGGAAGCAUUUGCAAAUGGAGACUAUGGUUAUGCAAUCCACUGUUAUUUGCGGGCAAGCACCAUUGACCCACAUGACGCCACCAUACUGGCUAACCAGAGCCUAUGCUGGCUGAAGCUGAGAGAAGGGGAGCGAGCUGUGACCAGUGCUCAACAAUGCCGUAGGUUGCGUCCUGAUUGGGCUAAGGCAUGGUACCGUGAGGGCGCGGCUCUCAGCUUGCUACAGAAGUACAAAGAUGCUGCUGAUGUGUUCUUGGAAGCGCUGAAACUUGACCCCGGGAACGAUGAGAUCGAGAACGCGUUAAGAGAGGCCAUGCGGCAUCGAAAUGGAGGCGAUGCAGGAGAGAACCCUUGAGCAUUCAUAAUCAUCCUCGGAUCCUCAGCACUGUAUGGCCAGGGGCUGAUCAACAUUAUGCCAAAAAAAAGUUGCCAAAAUGUGCUGUGGUGAGGCAAAGACUAGCUAGAUUUGUUUGCUCCUUGAACUUAUAUCGUUAUGUGGCUUCAGGCCGGUAAGCUUAAUUAUCAGGCAGGAACGAAGCAUAUAUGUUGAUACAAGAAAAGACGGUAUGGACUCGGCGUUGGCGGUUAUUUUAGUGCUCGUGAUUUCGUUGAAAUCUCACCACUUGCAAGUUCGUCCAUCCAUCCAACUGUCCAAAGCUUUUAUUCUUGAUGUGAUCGUUUAAUUUUUUGGUGGCGUAAGCAAUUUCUGAAGAGUAGUAUGCACAUUGAGGGACCCUUUGAGAACAGCAGGAAUGUAAAUACGUAGCACCUGAUUGAUUUGCGGCCAAAAUUUGCCACGCUAAAGAUUUAGCUAGCCAAAGUUUGUAAAAAAA